AUUAUUCCUCUUGUAAUGCUAUUCGAAUAAAAAGUUAUAUUCCUGCUACACGAUCGUUUUAAACGCGUAUUCAAACACAUAUCAACACAAUUAAGCUCUCACAUAUUUCCGUGAUUUCCCAACGACAAAUUAACUUAUUCACAGCCAAUUUACAACAAACUUUUUGCUGUGUCAUUUUAUGUUGUCAUUAUGUUGCGACAACUCAUCGAUGAUAAACCCUACACUACACAUUAAAGAGUCUGUCAAAUGUCAUUAAAUUUAUUUUGCUGUGUGUUGCGUCAAGUUGGUUUUAUCGUUCGGUUAAUUUAAAAUGUUUUGCGUAAUUCAAACAAAAGGCAGACGGAACAGCAAACCCCUAAUGACGGUUGUUCCGUCAUUAUGGGUCGAUCACAAAUCCGCUUAUUGGCCACCAUCCGGCCUCGUUACACUUUCUCAGAAUUCUGAGUCAGUUCCGGAUAAGACUACGUGGAAGAAAUCCAAAGCAAAGGUUUUGGGUCAGGCGACUUCAUACAAGGAAGCCGAGAUGGUAAUGUCCAGUUUUCAAAAACUGUCAGAUACGGAAUGGACUGAUGACACGGAGACACUAAAAAUAGCAAAGCCGAAGAAAGGGAAGUUCGAGUGCAAAGAGUACAGUUUGGCGGCACCGGAACAUAAUGUAAGGUGGAAUUCGUAAAGGUUAGUAAAAUAUACAACUUUUCAUUAUCAGGUGCCUGCUGUUAUUUUGCCAAGUCGCAAUACUCUACCCGAUAACCUCAAUUCAAUGCAAUAUCUAUUGUCCUCUACCACAGCGCCAUCGUCCCAACUGAUUCCGUCAUCGGAAGCACAGUCAUCGUCUUUCAUUCAUGCAGGAAUGCAGCCAAUGAUCGAAACAUCUGAAUUCGUCGAAUUCACCAACACGCCUAGCGGCGAGGAAUCUACGCUAAUCCAGCUGCCGGAUGGUACGAUCGCUCGGGUUGUCGCUAAUGACGCUGUUAGUGCCAAUGUGGGAUGUCCUGAUUCGGCUAAGAGACACGCGGAACCUUGCUGUCAAAUUGGAGACAUAUGCAAUCGACUCGACAGAAUCGAGAGGGAACUGAUUUUAUUGAAACAUGUCCCAAGCAAGAUAGACACGGUGUUAAAAUUUUCAGCGGACAUAAACAAAUUUCUGAUUUCGAGAACCCAAGUGGAGCAAGUUAGCAUUCAUCAAGAGGAAGACUUUUCAGCAUGCCAGAAUUAUUUGACAAUCAAUGAUAAACAAGAUCUAGUAGCGCUGGAACAAAAGUUAACCAACAGAGAUUUUGCUGCCAAGUUACUGCGAUAUUGCGAAUCGUUAUACAAUUUGUCGGGGAAGAGGGGAGGGGAAAACAAUUUUCAGAAUGUUUUUGAGGAAGACAGUCUCACCUAA